AUGGAAGAUUUUGUCGAAGCAGGACUUGCUGUGGGUAUGAGGCACAUAGUACAAAAACAUAUGAAGCAGAUCCGUCAAAGGAGGACAUUUUGGAAACUCUUGGGAUUUAAAAAGACCUGCUUGAAGGCUUGUGCUGAAGGUUUCAGCAAGAAACACCAAGAGAACUUGUUAAGAUUGCCAUUGAUAUCUAGUUGGUUCCAGAGAGUUCAGGAAGUACCUGGAAUAAAGAGAGCUGCUGCCAAAUGCAAUAUGCAAUUUUUACCCCAUCAAGGCUCAGUCUCUUUAUCAGAUGAACACAUGCAGUUUAUCUGCACAGCUUCUGAUGAGCCACAGGAAGAGCAUGAAGACACUUCAUUUAUAGGUGGACCAAGGCCAACCAUGACAAAAUUAAUGAAAAGUGGUAUUGAAGCAACAUUUUCCCCUCAUCCUUGCCCUAGUUGGGCACUAGAUUGGGACAGUCUGCCAGCAGCUGUUAAUCCAGGAGAAGAUUUGACCUUGAUCUCAACCAUAAAAUAAUUACCUGCAUAAUCCACAACACAGAUGUGUUUGCUUAAUAUAUGUUAGAGAAGACUCCAUUGUUCUGAAAACCAACAAUGCAUUGGGG